AUGUUUUCCCUGUUUCGCAUAGAGGACGUGAUAAAGAUUGAGCCCCAUUUUAUGGAAGAGGAAUUAAAAAAUGUGAUUGAAUUUUUGAUAAGAGCCAAGUAUGUUGACAAGGUGCUGCAAAAUGUAGGUUUGUGUGUUGGUCUGUAUGACAUACUGGAGGUGAAGAAUAGGGAGAUUCUAAAAGGCACAGGGGAGAUUCGAUUUGACGUAAUUUUUAGGCUCGUAUAUUUCCAGCCAUUUGAAAAUGAAAUUAUUGAGGGCUUCGUUAAAAAUUCCGACUCGAAUGGGAUAAUAAUCAGCAUAGGGUUCUUUGAGAACAUCCGGGUGAACUGUGCCAAUUUGAAGGAGCCCAAGGAAUUCGAUAUGGAGAAGAAGGAGUGGUUCUGGAUGUACGAGGGGAUAAAAUUUUUUUACACCAAAGAUGAGUUGAUCAGGGUGCGAGUGCUGGACACCUAUUUUAGCGACCCCAACGAAAUGCGGAAGGAUGAAACGACGCCAUCGAUGUCCAUAACGGGCACCGUGCAGCAGGACGGGCUAGGCUUGGUCAAAUGGUGGAACUAG